AUCCGUGUUGGUCGUGUUUCGUGAGUCUGUGGAGCUGUGUGAGUGGCCGCCCUCAGCUGAGAGGCACGCUGGCAGUCCCUGCGUCACCGCUUCGAUGGAUGACAUCCACUUUGAGCACACCAUCAGUGUGGGUCAGGUGGUGAAUAUCAGGGCAAAGGUCAACAGAGCCUUUAACACCAGCAUGGAGGUGGGCAUACAGGUAAACUGUGAGGACCUGUUCUCUGAUCGUCACUGGAGGGUUUGUCAUGCCUACGCCACCUUUGUUACCCAGCGCACAAGCACAGGACAAAAGGUGACCUUGAAGCCCAUUGUUCCUCUCACGCAGAAGGAGCAGGUUGAAUACAGCGUGGCCGCUGAAAGGCGGAGGGUCCGAAUGGUGCACGAUGACAUCAUCAAGGAUUUGCUUUCCAAUGAGUCGGUGCAGCAGGUUGACAGCUCAGUGGGACCCAGUGCAGUGGCAGCAGAGAGGACUCGGGUGGAGAGUGUGGAGCUGGUUCUGCCUCCACAUGCAAACCAUCAGACACGGCGAGCACGUGGGAGGUCGUGGCCUAUUGUCUCUGUGCUCUCUGCUUGCAGCCGUCUGUCUCAGGCUCAUCCCACCCUUCGAGCCAUCGACAUGUUCACCUUCAGAGGACCUUCUCAGGUUGGAGACAGAUUGCUGCUGAAGGCGAUAGUGAACAACGCCUUCAGAAACAGCAUGGAGGUGGGCGUGCGCGCGGAGGCCUACCAUGAGGAGGGGCCUAACCGACACAUAAACUCCGCCUUCAUGACCUUUGAGGUGCUCGAUGAUGGCGGGAAGCCACGCACAUUACCACGGAUACGACCUGAACCCCUGGAAGGACAAAGGAGGUUUCAGGAGGCAACGGCCAGGAAAAAGAUCAGGCUGGACAGGAAGUACAUCAUUUCCCCUCUGGAGAUGUGUUUGUGCUUCCAGGUGUAUCUGAGCUUUAACAACGUCUCAGCUCUGAAGAUGCUGGCAGCCAGAAGCAGCUGGCGCCUGAGCUGUGAGAAGGACCAGGUUCAGCUUUACACCCUGGAGCAGAAGUCCAUGCUGAGUUUCAAGAUUGAAUGUGAGGUGGACGUUCCUGCUCACAGAGCCUUUGAUUUACUCGCCGAGCUGAGCAACAGGCCGAGCUGGGACUCGCAUUACAAGAAGUGCGAGCUGAUUCAGCUGGUCGACAACGAUGACUUCAUAUAUCGUGUGGUGACUCCAUCGGUGCGUCAUGGCGCGAUGGGAUCUCCCACUGCAGCCAAUCAGGCAAAAGGGAUUCUCCAGGACUUCAUCCUGUUGGCCUCCAAAAGGAAGCCAUGUGGCAGCGGGUGUCCCUGCCCACUCACCCUCCCACUGAAGGCUAUAACAGAGGAGAGGUUCUGUGUGCUGGAUUCACCAUACUGGAGACCAAAGACAACAAGUCCCUGAUCAGCUACUUUAACCAGGCGUCUCCGGAGGUCCUUCCCUACAUCUCCACAGAUAUUGCCGGCCUGUCCUCCUCUUUCUACCACACCUUCUGCUCCUGCAGCCAGUACUUGACCAGGAACAGACUGUGACAGUGGCAGCAGCCUGUCCGAGGCUCUCCUCAGCACCAGACGCUACAGCCUGCUUGGUUUAUGUGGCGGGAAGACUUUAUGAUCAUUUCAUGGAUUGAUACAAAGGUCAGCAGUAACAAUCGACGUGUUAAGUGAGUAAAAUCAGCCGCUGUGUCAGUGACUGAGCUGCUGUUCAUGUUUGUAGGUUAAAGGUACAUGACUGUAACAGCUGUACAGGUGUGGGCUUGUACUUAAUGCAGGUUCAUUUUAACACUAUAACUGUUUGCUGCAGUUCAACGUGACAUGCUGGUUUAAAACAUGAAUAUUCACUUUUUCCACUGAACUACAAUAAAGUGCUGUGUUGUA